AUGAAGUUCAACAUCAUCCUGGGCCUGUUGGCCGCCGCCAGCCAGUACUGGCCGGCCAUCGCCCUGCCUCAGUUCCCCGAUAAUCCUGUCUGUGCUGCCGGCAUCACAUCUGUCGAAGUACAGCCGGUGCAGUUCAUCGUCAGACAGCCCAUCUACAUCAGCGCCUACUUGCCAGUCAACACCGUCCUGGUACUCGACGAUGGUCUGACCCUCACCAUCACUAAUGCGCCCUUGACCUUGGUCACUGAGAUUGAAAAGCUGGGAACACUUACCUCCCAAGUAACCAGAAUCAUUGACCAGGUUUCAUCCAUCCCCAACGCCUAUGUCACCAUCACAAGAGGUGGCCAGGCGGGAUCUGAGGCAAGCACAAUCACAAUCUUCCCCUCGGGUCCCGACGGCGUCGGAACCUACCUGGUCUUCACCCCUUUCGCCAACAUUGCGGCUACCACCGGCAGCAGUGUCCCAGAAACAGCAACUGUCCCGGGCACUCCUCUCGACGCAAGUCAGCUGGUAACACAGUCUGCACCAGGCGUGAGCAGCGUCGUUAACCCCGGACCUAGCCCUGCCUCAGUUCCGGUCACAAUUGCUCCUACAGCACCUGGAGGAGCUGCGGCUUUGCCUCAGAUCUUUGCUACUGUCAACGUUGGUGGUGCCUCGGGCGUGCCCAGGAACUUCACCGUCGUGGACUCGGCUGGAUCUGCGGGUACGGUCUUUGCGCAGACUUUUGACAGCUUCUCCAUCACCGUCACUGGUCCUCAGAAUGUCAUCACGGUUCUCGGUAACGCUGGUGUUACACCCGCUGCCAUCACUUUGCCCGGUAGCAGGGCUGUGACGCAGACCGGGGCCGAUGCUGUUCUUCAAAUUAUCCAGACUCCGGGAGGCGAGGCCGAUUUCCUUGCCAGGCUCACCACCGUGAGCAUCGCGGCCCAGAACGGCCAGACUGGAACUUUCACGCUUAUCCCGACGGCUGGCAGUGUUGGUGCGGUAAUCGUGCAGACUGCUGCACCGGCUCUUGCUGCCAUCUUCCAGACCAUCAGCGUUCCCGGAGCUACACCAACGACACUUUCUAUCCCGGCACCCGAGGGACAGACUGGAACGGUAAUCGUACAGACCACGGAUGGCUUCACUGGCCCUGCCGCUGGUCCGUUCUCGACCAUCACCGUUGGUGGUGGCCAGGGUGACAGCCCCGCGACUGUGACUAUUCCUCCAGCCGCCGAUGCGACGGACGGUGUCUUCACCGUUCUC